CGUCCUUCUCCAUUCCUCCCUUUCAGCCCACCACCAAUUCAUCCCCUCCCUUUUCUUCCCACAGCCAUUCCUGAUCUCAUCCGUCCGCUGGCUCUCGGUCAGGAUUAUAUUCUAUUCUCCGAGGCCUGCACCGGUUCCAGCAGCUGAGUGAGCUGCUUUGCCGGGCCAGAGACAGCUCUUCAGUUCAGGUUGCCCCACCAGUAAUGGCCCUGCAGCUGAGCAGCGCCUGUUGUACUUGUUUCAGUGGGAUUUGCCACGGGAGGAGAGUGAGGGCCCGCAGGAUAAGGGCGGUCGCCUCCGAGGAUUUUGCCACUCUGAAGGCAGAGGAGGAGAAGGUGAAGCUGGGUGGGUCUGAGCUGAAGGUCACGAGGCUUGGGGUUGGAGCUUGGUCUUGGGGUGACACCAGCUACUGGAAUAACUUCGAAUGGGAUGAUAGGAAGAUGAAAGCUGCUAAGGCUGCUUUUGAUACCAGUGUCGACAAUGGCAUAACCUUCUUUGAUACUGCUGAGGUGUAUGGCUCUCGGCUCUCAUUUGGUGCCAUAAACUCGGAAACUCUACUCGGAAGAUUCAUCAGGGAGAAGAAAGAAAAAGACCCACAAGUAGAGAUUGCUACUGCAACAAAGUUUGCGGCCUUGCCAUGGAGACUGGGGCGACAAAGCGUCGUAGCUGCCCUUAAAGAUUCUCUCUGCCGUCUCGGACUUUCUUCAGUGGAACUCUACCAACUACACUGGCCUGGAAUCUGGGGAAAUGAAGCGGGACCUCGUGUUUCAGGGUACAUUGAUGGCCUUGGAGAUGCUGUUGAGCAGGGUCUUGUGAAAGCUGUGGGCGUUUCAAACUAUAGCGAAAGGAGACUCCGGGAUGCUUAUGAGAGGCUGAAGAAGAGAGGAAUUCCCCUGGCUUCGAACCAAGUGAAUUACAGUCUCAUAUACAGGCUACCGGAGGAAAAUGGUGUAAAGGCUACUUGUGACGAGCUCGGGAUCACUCUGAUUGCAUAUUCACCUAUUGCUCAAGGUGCUUUAACGGGAAAGUAUACACCAGAAAAUCUGCCAACUGGGCCUCGAGGCAGGAUAUACACGCCCGAGUUCUUGAUCAAGCUCCAACCUCUUCUGAACAGAAUCUCCGAGAUCGGAGAGAAGUACGGUAAAACCAAAACUCAGGUUGUCCUGAACUGGCUCAUAGCGCAGGACAACGUGGUGCCAAUCCCAGGUGCCAAGAAUGCAGAACAGGCCAAGGAGUUUGCAGGUGCCCUUGGAUGGAGACUCGAAAGCGAGGAGGUCCAAGAGCUGAGAUCGCUUGCAUCAGAUAUAAAGCCCGUUAUUGGGUUUCCGGUCGAGAACUUGUAAAUUUUGUUCAAAGGAGUUGGAAACCUUUCUCCACCGGUAAUGCUCUGGUUUUCGGACUAUAAACACAAAGAAUUAGGGAAAUGCUCUCUGCAAUUACACAGUAGACAGCAGAAACACUAGGCCGUAUUAAUAAUUUCAUGUUAUUAUAGACUCGUCCAAGGAAAAUUAAUACCAUAGACACCUUUACGAAUAUGCAAAGUUAUAGGUAUGUCUUGGGCAUCGACUGACCUUCUCGGGCCGUUUGUGAGGACUAGAUCACGAGAAAAGUUGAGCAUCUUUGUAAAGAUCAUUCCAUGUACAGAAAUUUCACUCCUUCCAUGGAAUCUUAUGAUGCUGAGUCGUCAUUUUCGAGCCGAA